AUGGCGCAUUCACCUACGGCUGUAAGCAGUAGACUGCAGCAAGACCCUGCAGCAGCAGCAGCAGCAGCAGCAGCAGAUGCGCAGCAUGAGGAGCAACAGCAGCAGCUGCAGCAGCAGCAGCUGCAGCCCGAGCUGCAGCAGCAGCAGCAGCCCAACUUGCAACAACAGCAGCAGCAGCAGUUGCAGUUGCAGUUGCAGCAGCAGCAGCAGCACAACUCACAGCAGCAGCAGCACUCCAAUCACGACUACCACUACGACUACCACUACGACUACCAGCAGCAGCAGCAGCAGCAGCAGCAGCAGCUGGGAGUAAAGCGUGUGCGUCUGCGCGCCAGCAGCAGCAGCAGCAGCAGCAGCAGCAGCAGCGGCAGCAGCAGCAGUAGCGGCAGGAGCAGCUGCAGCAGCAAGGGUUUAUUUUGCGUAAAGAUAGUAGAUUUAAAGAAGGUGAGACAAAGCAGAAACAAAGGAGAUGUGCAGCGCAUGCAACAAGAGCUGAUGCUGAUGAAGCUCUUAGAUCAUCCUAAUAUAAUUAAGACGCACGAAGUGUAUGCAAGCAAAGAUAAACUCUGGACAGUCAUGGAGCUCUGCACAGGGGGCACCCUGCUGCAGCACUACGUGCCUCCCUCAGACAAACAGCAGCAGCAGCAGCAGCUGCUGCUGCUGCAGCAGCUGCAGCACCACCAUCACCAUCACCAGCAUUUCAACGGCAUGCACCACAGACCGCGCUGCAGCAGACGCAACAUCGAGCCAAUCCUGCUCUCCUCAGAGGCCGCCAAGGCCCGCACAAUCCGCAGCAUUUUUGAAGCUUUAUGUUAUUUGCACGACCGCAACAUCGUACACCGCGAUGUAAAGCCGGAAAACUUCGUCUGGACGUCGCAUGCAGCAGAUGCAGAGUUGAAGCUCCUUGAUUUUGGGUUGGCGAACCUCAAUAUACGGAGACCUGUGGGGCGAUCCCAGGGAUCGGGAUCGGGAUCGGGAUCGGGCGAUCCCAGCAGGGGCAACUGUGGGGUCGAUGAUGCUGUUAAAAGGGACGAACACCCCACAGACACCAACGAUGGAGAUGCAUGCAUGCGCUGGCUCCUGCCUCCCCCUGAACUUAUUGCUUCAUUAGAGACAAGAGGUGGGGCAGAAGAGACAGCAGCAAAUCUAUCCAGCGGCAGCAGCUCCUUCCUAUAUACAAGGGCCGGUACGCCGCUAUAUGCUGCUCCGGAGAUCGUCUCAGGUGCACCCGGGUUAGCGUACAACAGCAAAUGCGACGUGUGGAGUGCAGGGGUUUUGCUGCACUUUAUAUACACUGGAGAGACACCCUUUAGCGGCGAAGGAGACACUCAAGUUAUGUGGGCUGUAGCGAACAAAGACAUCAACUGGGCAGACAGUUUAUAUACCCCUCUAGCUGCUAACGGUGUGCUACAAGUGCUUCAAGGCGUACUUCAUAAAGACCCUACUAAGCGAUGGACAGGCAGACAGGUAUUAGAGCAUCCCUACUUUCGGGGUUAUUCGUCUCCUUUGCAUGCGCUGUCUGAUGCUUGUUCGUCUUCUUUGCUGCUGCUGCCUGCUGAAGCUGUUACGCUGCUGCGGUCUUUGGUUCGCUUCGCAGUGUCUCCUCCGCUCAAAAAGGUGGCGCUGCUGAUAAUGGCGCGGCUGCUGCGAGAAGAAGCAACACAAAAUUGGUUGCGCAUAUUUCGUCUCCUCGAUGCAAAGUGCAGCGGGGCCCUGCAUGCAGAGGACCUGCAGCAGCAGCUUGCUGCUGCGCUGCAGCAGCAGAUGCAGCAGCAAAAACAAACGAAUCAAGAGAAGCAGCAGCAGCGGCUGCAGCUUGAAGCCCUCGUUCGCUCUGUGCUGCAGAGACACUCUAGAGAAGUAGAAGAGGCAUAUCUUAUGAUGCAGCGAGCGAGGCAAGAAGAAAAACAAAUGCAGCAGCGACAGCAGCAGCAGCUGCAGCAGCUGCAGCAGCAGCACCAGCUGCAGCAAACGCCGCGCACUGGAAGAAGAGAAAGGGCAACAGCUGACGCCGUCACUCCUCCGCAUGCAGCAGCAGCAGCAGCAGCAGCAGCAGCAGCAGUAACAACAGCAACAGCAGCACCAUCUCCCUGGAAUGGCUUCGAUGCUGAGGCUUCGCUCUUCCUUAGGCGCGCUCGACACCGAGGGUCUGCAAUGCUGCAGCAGACGCAGGCACUUGUGGACGCAGCGGCAGCAGCAGCAAAUGCAGGAACGCCGGAGAAGUGCAGCAGCAUGAGCAGCAGCAGCAGCAGGAGCGGCAGCAGCAGCAGCAGCAGGUGUCUUGAUGUAGAUGAUCUGUUGUCGUUGCUUGCUGCUGAUGCCGCCUGUGCUGCUCCUCAGCAGCAGCAGCUUCCUACCCGGGCAAUGGCGGAGUAUAUGAUAGAACAUGUAAGGUCUGCAUGCAGCCCAAGCCCCCCCAAGAACAGACGCGCGGCGCAGCAGCAGCAGCAGCAGCAACAGCAACAGCAGCAGCAACAGCAAAGGUUGCCGACGCCUUCGCGCCAUACCUUCCACGCAGCAGUGCAGCUGCAGCAGCAAAUUGGUGGCUUUGCAGCAGCAGCAGCAGCAGCAGCAGGCACUUCUAAAGAGCCCCUGGGGACUCCCCUUCGGAGCAGAGCGUACAGCAGCACCCCGACGCCGCAGACUCCAGCAGCAGCAACGGCAGCAACGGAGCAGCACGAAGCCCCAGCAGCAGCAGCAGCAGCAACAGCAGCAGCAGCAGCAGAGGGUGGAGGGACUUCUUCUUGUCUUACUCUGCCUGAGUUCAGGGCGAUGAUGGAGUUUACCUUCACAGAAGAAGCAAAGGCGUUAGCUCGGUCUCAGCUUGCUCUUGUUGCUGCUGCUGAACAGUGCAGCAGCUGCUGCAGUUGCUGCAGCAGCUGCAGCAGCAACAGCAGCAGCUGCAGCAACAGCCCCACUAGGGGCAGACAAGCGGAGCGAUCCGAUUGCUGCACGCGCUGCCACACCCCUGUUCAUCAGCAGCAGCAGCAGCAGCAGCAGCAAAAGCGAAAGAUUGCUCCAUGUAGUUGCUGCCGCUGCAGCAGCGCCUCGUGCAGCAGCUGCAGCAACAGCAAACGCAGCAGGUGCUGCAGCGGCAGCGUGACUCCGCCACGAUCUAUACAGCAGCAGCAGCAGCAGCAGCAGCAGCACCAAGAAGGAAGCCCAGCAGCUUCUUUUCAGUGGGAGACGUCGGGGUCUCCAUCUCCUUCUAAGCGGUGCUGCUGCAUGCAAACGUCAGCUGCAGCAGAAGCAGCAGCACGACCAGCAGCAGCUGCAGCCGCACAGCACUCUCCGCAGACUUCUAUUGGAGAUGCUCCAGCAGCAGCAGCAGCAGCAGCAGCAGAAGAAGAACUCGGGGUCCCCCCGGGUAGCCCUUUACACCCGCUGCAGCGUCUCCUAGAUGAAGCUGUUUGCUGUAGCAGCGACAGCAGCCUUCCUCCCUUGCUGCCGCAGACAGCAGCAACAGCAGCAGCAGCUGCUGCUGCAGCAGGAAACGCUUCUGCUGACGCACAACGCGAACAGGACACGCAAGAGCAGCGACAGCAGCAGCAGCAGCAGCAGCAGCAAAGAAGGGCCGGAGCAGUGCGCUUGGUUGCUGCUGCUGCCGCUGCAACGGCAGCAGGUGUCAGUCGCUUGCUGCUGCAACGGGGCAGCAAAUCAAGCCACCCCAGCAGCUGCAGCACGAAACCCCCAUCUGCAGCAGCACCAACGAGACCUGCAGCAGCAGCAGCAACUGCUGCUGUUACACCAGCAACUGCUGCUCCUCCUGCCCCUUCUUCAUCAGCAGCAAACCGCGUCUUGUCGCUGCAGAAGCGUCGGGCUGCUGCUGCUGCUGCUGCUGCUGCUGCAGCAACACCGCCUCGCAGCGCAUCGCGAACCCCAUGCAACCGCAUCCUCCCUGCAGCAGCAGCAGCAGCACCGUUUGCUGCAGCAACACCAGCAAGAGCAGCAUCACCUGUUGCUGCUGCUGCAUCUCAGCAGCAGCUGAGAGUGCGGCCCCUCACACGGGCUGCGCUGAAGGCUUCGGGCUCUGUGCGGCACUCUCCGGCAGCAGCAGCAGCAGUUGCUGCUGCUGCUGCUGCAGCAACUCCUGUUUCUACAGGUGCCGCUGCUGCUUUACGUGGGGAAGGGCCUGCUGCUACUCGGAAGACACCGCAGCAACGUGCUGCUACUGUGCUGCUGACGCGCCGCGCUGCAGCAGCAACACCGCGUCCUGCUGCCGCUAGAAUAACAGCAGCAGCAACAACAGCAGUAGCAGCAGCAGCAGCAGCCAGAAGUCGGGCGCUGUCUGUUUCUCCUCCGUCACUCGCCUCUCGGAAAGGAGCUGCUGCUGCUGCUGCUGCUGCAGCUGCUGCUGGCGCUCUCUCUCCUGCACAUUCAAGAACAGCAACAGGAGUGGCAGCAGCAACAACAACAACAGCAGCAGCAGCACCAGCAGCAACAGCAGCUAAAGACGUGGCUUCCGGCGCGUCCCUCAGGAAGUCUCCUGGAGGAGGAUCUUCGUCGGGCUCUGGUCCUGCUGCAGCUGCUGCUGCUGCAGUUGCUGCUGCUGUCGCUGCUGUUGCUGCUGCUUGCAGUACACGGACAUCCCGAGCAGCAGGAGGUGUUCCUGCUGCAUCUGCUGCAUCGCCAGCAGCAACUUCAUCUGCAGCAGCAGCAGCAGCAGCAGCAGGGACUUGCUUGAGGGCCCCUAAGGGGGGGCGCUAA